AUAAUUAAAAAAUACUCAGUUUCUCUAAACCCGUAUCUCUUACGAGAAGUGUCAAAGUUUAAUUAAUGUUUCACUUGUCUCUAAUGUGCUUGAGAGACGGGCAUUGACCCUGCUGGUUGGACGUGCGUAUACCUCCUGUACUGUCAGUAUUGGGCAGGCUGUAUAUGGUCCCGUUUGUCUUGGAGUUUGCCCAAAAUGACAGGCAGCCUCAAUGUACUUUUGUGUAUGCAGAGAAAAAUGAGGAAUGCGGUCUUGCUAGACUCUCUCUUAGUCCAGUCUCUGUCCUUUUGUUUCCUCAUUUUUCUUGCUUUCGCGUCCCUGUUUCAGUGUGUAGUGGCAGUCAUUGGGGAAAUGAAAUCGUUAUUACAAUAUGUUUUCUUUUUAUUGCUUUAAGGAUGAGAAGAAUCAGCUCCUAAUAACAAACACAUGGUUAAAAUUGGAGUGGAACGAUGUCAAUUUACGGUGGAAUGAAACUGAUUACGGUGGAGUCAAGGACCUCAGAAUUCCACCAUACAAAAUAUGGAAACCAGAUGUUUUGAUGUACAACAGCGCUGACGAGGGCUUCGACGGCACUUACCAGACGAAGGUGGUCGUGUCCUCCAGCGGGAACUGCCUCUACAUCCCACCGGGGAUCUUCAAGUCUACCUGUAAAAUAGAUAUUACUUGGUUCCCUUUCGAUGACCAGCGGUGUAAAAUGAAGUUCGGAUCGUGGACCUACUCAGGAUGGCAGCUUGACCUGCAGCUUCAGUCCGAGGACGGCGGCGAUCUUAGCGACUUCAUCAAAAACGGGGAGUGGGACCUUAUCGGUUGCCCUGGGAAAAGAAAUAUCAUUUACUACAAAUGUUGCCCGGAACCGUAUGUAGACGCAACAUUCGAAAUUGUCAUACGGAGGCGCACACUAUAUUAUUUCUGCAACCUAAUUCUACCUUGUGUGCUGAUAGCGUCUAUGGCUGUGCUGGGCUUCACACUGCCCCCAGACUGUGGCGAGAAGCUCUCUCUAGAAAUAACAAUUCUGCUGUCGUUAACCCUAUUCUUGAACAUGGUGUCAGCCACCACACCCGCCACGUCCGAAUCGGUGCCUCUCAUAGGCACGUACUUUAACUGUAUCAUGUUUAUGGUGGCUUCGAGCGUCGUCAGUACAGUCCUCAUUCUCAACUAUCAUCACCGAUCGGCGGAGACGCACGUGAUGUCGCCUUUGGUGAAGAGUUUGUUCCUGCAGUGGUUACCGUGGGUCCUGCGCUUAAACCGCCCGGGGGAGAAGAUCACGAGAAAAACGAUAAUGAUGAACAACAAGAUGCGAGAGCUGGAGCUCAAGGUAUGGCAAGAUGAGAGAUCGUCCAAGUCGCUGUUGGCUAACGUGCUGGACAUCGACGACGACUUCCGAGCGCACACGCUGCCGCACACACACACCACCAACACCAACAACACUGCCGGCUUCAUCCGGGUGCCACAUGGGGGCCAUUCCGUCGACGACUCCCACCUAGUUCACACUUGUAUGUCCUCCUGCACCAGAGAGCUGAAUCUCAUACUCAAGGAGAUUCGUGUCAUCACUGACAAGAUGAGGAAAGAAGACGAAGAUGGGGAGGUGAAAAAUGACUGGAGGUUCGCGGCGAUGGUGGUGGAUCGCCUCUGUCUUAUUAUCUUCACACUCUUCACAAUCACCGCCACCGUCGCUGUACUUCUGUCUGCGCCGCAUAUUAUUGUUCCAUAAUAAUUAGCCAGCCGGAUGAAGGGUAUGUUGGUUCGCGUGGCGCUGUAUGCCACACCCUCCAGGGGGGUGCUAUACAGCGUCAUUCUUCCAACAGGGAUGUAUGCAGUUUAACUGCUUAUGUUCCCAUCAUCUGGCUCUCGGUUGCUAUGCCCACCUCGCUUCAGUGUCUGUGUUUGGUCUCAAUGAAGUCCGCCUCACACUGUAAGGAUCUGGGCGACUCCUUCCUCGUUCUGGUCACGAUGCUUCCAUAAGUGCCAAAGGGCUGGCACGUUCUCUGGCUCACGGCGACAGUGUGUCACACCUUCGCUCAAGCCCACGCCCUCGUGAGACUGCCACGGCCCGCCCACACGCCCACAACGGACUUACCAAGCAACGUGCUUGCUGGAGUUCUCUCUUGCUAUUCUUAUACAAACUGUUGCCCGGCUCUUCGUAGCCUCGCUGUUGAUGUAGUAAGGACUACUCUGGCACGCAGGUGAGCUGCGGAGCAUGGGCAAGCGAAACCUAAAAGAGAAGAGUGAAAAUGUAUGAAGUGAUUGAUUGCAAGGCGACAACGGCGGGCCGAGGCAGGAGCAGCAGCAUCAUGAAGGGGUCGCCGGCAGUGCUACUAUCUCCGUAGCCUCCGCUGUCUCCCGGAAAGCGGCUCCUCAGUGUACUACUUUCGCCACAUAAAUUAUACGCCACAAAUGUGCUCCGAUCUGUAAGCCGAGUACACACGUUUGCUCCCUUGCUCAUGCGUCAGUAUUAUGUGAUUCUGAGAUUAUUGUAAGCAUCAAAUAAUUCAUUAUAUACUUCUUUGAAAUAACUUUAAGCAUUCACUUCCUUUUUCUUAAGCUGUUUGAGCAAGUUGAGUCUCCAUGCAAUAAUCUAUACUUGCUUGAGAGCUGGCAGCGCGGCUCGCAUUCACUCUUUUAUCCUUGACUCCUAUUAUCCAGACCUUCCAGAUUCUGUAUUCUCUGUUCAUGAGCCUUUCGUAUCUAAUCUCCCCUUCUCCUACACCUCUCUCCUAAAGUCAUUCCUUCCCUUAUUCUCCUACAGUCCAGUAAGCCUGACCUUAUCUCGACGUGUCGCGCUGCAGGCUUUUCGGCAAUAAUUUUCUGUUUCAACGGCAGAAUGUAGAUUUUUCUUUCUAUUCUCGUGUUGAUGUAAAUAAGCGUUUUCUAUUAUUUCCUGUGCUUAAGAUGGUUACUGGCUCAUCAUUUCCAUAAAGAAAAAAUAAUAACUAACAAAAAAAAAAAACUAACGAACUCAAGCAGCAAAACCAAAAUAUAAAUUAGCCUGUAAUUAGGCAAGCUGUUAAUUAUCUAACAAAGUGUUAAGGAGAUGUUAACUAGAAAACAAUGGAUGUCAUAUCAUAUCAGAGUUUUGUUUUCCAUUUUCUAUAACCACUUACUGACAAUAACCCCCAAAGACAAUAAUACAAUUACUCGUUUAAAAAUAAAAAAAAUGGUAUCCAAGCAAAAUAUAUAUAAUGGCAUAGUAUACUACAGAAAACCUCUACGCAAUACGUAGUUUAAAUUUCUCUUAACAAUCAUAGGUUUACAAAGAUAGAAAAAAAAUUUCUUGAUCAGCCCCAACUCCUUCAAGCUCAGCGAGACAUCAGAACAAGGUCUAAAAGGAAGAGUUUCACACUCAAGGUUCUCAGCAUCUGAGUGAGAAAGUGUCGGGAAAAGGAAGCUUGUCAACAUUAAUACGUAUUACGCAAGGAGGAGUUGCGGGGUGCCGUAGUGAACAAUUUCCUAGCAGUUACAACGCACCGGCUGCCUAUCUCCGCCCGGAGGCCCUCGUAGGGGUACCCUGCUGAGGACCACCAAGACCCCAGUAGUAGGUGAGCCGCAGUGAUUCCCCCAGCUGUGUGUUCCUGGCAGCUUCUCACCAGGGUCCUGUCCCCCCUGCUGAGGUCUCCUGUACCUGUGUACGGCCUAAAGAGGGGCUUUAGCAUCAUCAAAAUAUCAAAGGUUUUAUCUUUUUCAUGGAUGUUAGAGUAAGUGUGUAGGUGUGCGAGUGUCUGUUUCAUAAUCGUCAACAAUGUGAUGUUUUAUAAUGCUCUUAUGUUGCUCUUCGACAUCCUGACGAUUGUUAAGAGUGUGUGUGAGUGCGUGUCUGCUAGUUACAAAUCGUUGUAUCUUUAAGACUAUAGUAUAAAAGAGAAGAUAAUGGAUUCUUUUAGAGCUGGCCGUGUCCCUGGAGUGUCUACCGGGCGGGCAACACCGGUCAUGCAGGAGGGCUGGGUAAUGCAAUCAUUGUAGGUAUCUAGAACCCCCCUUUUUAGGUUCCUUCUGCCAGAGUGCAUCAAAUCAAUUUUAUUAUAUAUAUGUAUAACCAUAUUUAUCUUCCCUUUUGUACAUUUGUUUUUCAAACAAUGAUUCAGUUGCGAUCAUGGGUCUGAGUUAUAAUCUUUACUCCCGAAUUGUUUGUGUCAAGAUCGUCAUGAUUCUGCGCUUCUGUUUUAUCGCUGUAAAUACGGGUAUCUUGCUUCAUAAGUAUGUUCUUUGUUUCCUAAACUUAUAUUAAGAACUAUUCUUGUUGAUAGUUUAGCGAUCAUGUUGUUGUUAGGUAUUUGAACUUUUGAUUUUGUACCUAUCACACACACAUAUAUAUAUAUAAAUAUAUACAUAUACAUAUACAUAUAUGAACUCGCUUUCAAAACAAAGAAGAUAUCAAGUAAGCUUAAUUGCUUUACUGGGGAGAGGACGCGUUUAGUGUCCCCUCCAAGCUCUUCUGAACCUGUGGUCAAUAUUAUCGACUGCUCGUGCCAGUUGACAUAGUUCUCACUCCGUGACCGAUUUGUGAAUAUGGCGACCUGUGAAUAUGACCCACUGUGAAUAUGAUCCUCUGUGAAUAUGACCCUAUGUGAAUAUGACCCUAUGUGAAUAUGACCCUAUGUGAAUAUGACCUCCUUCCAAGAUACAGUCACUCUCGCUUUAUCAUCAUAUUUGGUCUAUCUUUCCGAAGAGUGAAGCUUGAGAGGUGACCUGUCUGGAAUGAGUCAUAGUAAACUUGUCCUGUAUGAUGUUUCAUGUAUUUUGACAGAAGGUCUUUCAAUUUUUGUAUUCUAUAUGAUUAAUGCUGACCUUUCACAAAGUAUCCCUUUGUCAUGAGUAUGGGCAUCUCCACACGUGAUGCUGACCUGUUCCUUGAGUCUGAGUAACUUCUCACAUGUUGCUGGAUCUGCUCAUGAGUGUGAGUGUCUGCUCACAUGUUGCUGGACCUGCUCAUGAGCGUGAGCGUCCUCUCACAUGUUGCUGGACCUGCUCAUGAGCGUGAGUGUCCUCUCACAUGUUGCUGGACCUGCUCAUGAGUGUGUGUCCUCUCACAUGUUGCUGGACCUGCUCAUGAGUGUGUGUCCUCUCACAUGUUGCUGGACCUGCUCAUGAGUGUGAGUGUCUGCUCACACGACACUGGACCUGUCCCAUGAGUGUGAGAGUCUGCUCACAUAAUGUAGCAAUUUUUUAAAUCCUAAUCAUGCAGGAAGGUAAUAGACCUUCGUGAAUCUUUUAUUUGCAAACUCAGCUAGCAAAUAUUUACUGUGUACGUUGUGUUGGUAUUUGUAAUUCUGAAUGUCUGUGUUAAAACAUUGUAUCAUCUCUUUUCUGUAGUUUUAACCCAACACUAAAACUGCCAGUUGUAUUAACCACCUUGUAUUAUCAACGGAGAAACAAUUGUAAGGAGCAUACAUAUGGUGUGAAAGUUUGACUACAAUACUAAGCACAGGGCAGCAGAAUACAGUAAAGCAAUUAUGACUUCUUGACAGACUGUACCAUAAAAACGGACGGUUGCCUUAUGUGCAUGUAUAGAGUGGUACCCGGGUUUUGAAUGUUUAUCAUCGAUGAAAUGGCAAUGCCACACCGAUAGGGACAAGGACCUCCUCUUCUCUUAAUUAGUACUUACGGGGAAUGUACACACUGAAAAUUUAUUGGGCUACUAAAAUAAAUUAGGAGGUUUAAAAACUACUGUUAUGAAGCUACAACAGUGAAAAAGGCAAAAAAAAAAAAAAAAAAAUAAUAAAAAUGUUCAUACCGGUGAGAAAUAAAUGAAAAUAUUGUAAGUUUAC